CAUCUAAAUACACUCGAACCUUCACGGCGGUUAUUCAAAGCAAAUCUGCAAAUUACGCUAGCUUUGAGGGAAUGCACAACGAUGUCUCUAAGACUUAUUGGUCGGAACGGAAGUAACUACCAUCCCUCCUGGCGUAUUUUCUGCGAUGACUACAAGCCAAAGUGUAUAUGCAGUGUCUGUGGCGUGUGGUGUUGUCUAGCACUCCAGCAACCGUUUGAUGUAGAGAGUGGUCGUUAUGCCGUCGAGGAGGUCCCGGGUUCAAUUCCCGGUCAGGCCCCGAUACAAUUUUUGAAAUUGUUGCACACGCUCACCGAGGGCCGAGGCCCGAAUCCCGACGAAUACGUGCAGUAA